AUGCAUUAUCCAUUUGGUGAGUUCCCUAAAUGGCCAGCAAUGACAAUUAGUAAUAUAACAAAGAACCGCAUGUGGAUAUACGAAUGUUACAUGAACACACAUGUUGUACAUGGAGGGUGUUGGGUGCUGUUAAGUCAUUGGAUGUUUGGGAGGAAUGAGAUGGAGGCUGGUGACCACGUUGUUAUUACUGUUACUGAGCGGUGGAUUGAACGCGUAAAGGAGCGUGGGGUGAGUCUUGUAUAUCAGGAUGAUGGAGAGAAGAAGGAAGAAGAUGUGUUGGGUUAUUACAAGUCAUGGAAUCACAUAAUUAGUAGAGAUCUCUCUCCUUUUCAAAACUACAACAGGACAAUACAUCUUACACAGCGAGCAAUUUUUUCAGCCUGGCAUUUACUUGUCUCCCUUAUAAAAGAAUGGUUUCAAGAUGUAAUUUUCAUUGAGGCAAAUACAACUACAUAUACACAGGAAGAUCCGAUAGAAUAG